AUGGCAGAUUUCAACUUCACCAACUCUGACUCUUCAAUAUUCAUCCUACCCGGAAUCCCUGGCCUGGAAGCUGCCCACAUCUGGAUUUCCAUCCCUUUCUCUAUGUUCUACAUUAUGGGCCUGUUGGGAAAUUUCACAAUUCUGUUUGUUGUAGGCAAAGAGAAGUCGCUGCACAAGCCGAUGUACCUGUUGCUCUGCAUGCUGGCACUCACAGAAAUCACCACAUCUACUUCCUUUGUGCCAAACGCACUGUCUAUAUUAUGGUUCAAUUUGAAAAGCAUUACUUUGAAGGGCUGCCUCACCCAGAUGUUCUUCUUUUAUGCACUUUCUACAAUGCACUCAGCCAUCCUAGUGACAAUGGCCUUUGAUCGCUACGUUGCCAUAUGUAACCCUCUGAGAUAUGCCACCAUCCUCAGCAAUGCACGAAUAGUUAAGUUAGGGCUACUGGGUAUGAUCAGAGCUGUUCUCUUCAUUCUGCCUAUGCCCCUUCUUCUGAGCGGGCAGCCAUUCUGUGCCAACCGCAUUAUCUCCAACACGUACUGUGACUACAUAGCUUUGACAAUGAUGUCAUGUGGGGACAUCGCAGUCAGCAGAACGUACGGCUUGGUGACAGCAUUUGUAAUCGCUGGGUUUGACCUGACGCUCAUUGGCCUCUCCUAUGGUCUGAUCAUCAGGGCCGUUCUCAGAAUCUCCUCCAAAGAAGCCCACCAGAAAGCCCUCAACACCUGCACAGCCCACAUCUGUGCGCUAUUGAUGACUUAUACUGUUGGACUCUUCUCCACUCUGAUACACAGGUUUGGACAUGGCAUCGCUCCACACGUUCACAUCAUCUUGUCAAACCUCAAUUACCUCAUUCCCCCUAUGCUCAACUCUAUCAUUUAUGGGGUCAAAACCAAAGAGCUUCAUGACAAAUUGGUCAAAUACAUCUGCAGAAUGUACUCACCUCGUGCUGUUGACUUUAAACCUGCUUGA